AUGCCGUUCUUUCUGCCGCCGGUCACCAAACACAAACGCAAGCCUACUAAGGCCUCCCACGCGAGCAGUCCGAGAAGCACGACUAACAACAUUGCGGCCUGGGGGGACCUGGACUGGUCUACACCUGAACCUCGACAGAUACAGCCCCAAAAGGUGGACGAGAUGAGAAGGGAGACCCAAAAGUCUCAUGUGCAAACACCGAAGGAAUCACAGGACAUCGGCACGCUGCUACAAAGCACACCCAGGCACAGAGUCUUGGAGCAGGCUGACACUGUGGUCUAUAAUCCACUGACGGAGGACAGUGUGAAUAUGGAUGCCUCAGGGCCAGAGCCUCCCACACCUGUGAACCCAGUCACAACUACUCCUGCAAGUAUGGUUCCUGCAACAAAACAGGACAUUGACAAUCUUUUUAUUAAAAUUUAA